AUGUCCUACUAUAAUCAACCAUACGGCCCUGGGGCAGGCGGUGGAGGGGGAACAGGCGCCGCGAACCUCCAAUUCUACCCUUCCUCAUACUCGAACGUCUCGGGACACACCACGCCGUCGCAGGCUUCAUACGGGGGUUAUGGCGGCGCCGGAAACGCCGCAAAUGCAUUCUCAGCAUAUGGUUCAGGCCCUUCUGGGGCUUUUGGAGCGGGUUCUGGAAUGCAGGGUGUGAGCGGCCGGAUGGGCGAUUCUGGCGGUGGUCUCAGGAUGGGCUGGCUCGCCGCAUUUGGAACAGAAGGUUAUGAAGGCGAGCCCGGGUUGAUGGAGGAGCUGGGCGUGAAUUUUGGACACAUCAAGACCAAGACUUUUGCGGUAUUAAACCCGUUGACCCGGCCCUCCCCACACAUCAUGGACGACAGCGACCUUUACGGCGGUCUCCUUUUCCUCGUCCUCUACGGCACGUUCCUCGCACUGUCGGGCAAAUUUUUCUACGGCUACAUCUAUGGCAUUGCCCUGUUCGGCUCGUUCGCGUUGCAUUGGAUGUUUGCCCUCAUGACGCCGCCCAUCGACCCGAAUGAGGCGGACCAGAUGUCUCAGGCGCAAAGGGAUCAUCAUCAGGGUCGUGACGGACGUGGCGGCGGACACUUCUCGAGUACGCUAACGUAUUCUCGAAGCGCGAGUGUGCUGGGGUAUUGUUUCUUGCCGCUUGUCUUCACCGCACUGUUUGGGGUUGCCGUGCCCAUGGACACGGCUAUGGGCUAUGUUCUGACCGCUAUGGCCGUCGGUUGGUGCACAUUCAGCAGCUCGGGCAUGUUUGUCAGUGUCGGACGGAUGAAGGGCAUGAGAGGGCUAGUGGCAUACCCUUUGGCGUUGUUCUAUUUGGGCUUUGGCAUCAUGGGCAUCUUCUCUAGUCGGGGCAGUGGCAUGCUGCAGGGAUCAGUGGGCUCAUGA